GAGAAGCACCUUCCUUCCUGAAAGUCGUUUAGGGACAAGUCCCUGGUGUUCUUCGUCCCCAUUUCCUCAACUGUCAAACUCACAUCCCUCCCUACCGUCUCUCUCUCUACAGCUCCAAUUCCUGAUUUCCCAGUUUUGGGUUAGCUCCUGUCCCGUCUCUUCGGUGAUUUCUUCGCGCCCAACUUUUAAGAAUUUUGCAGGUGCAUAGAGUAAAGCUGUAGGGUUUUGGAAUUGUUGCCAUCAGCAUGAAUUACCUAAUUGGAGCUUUCAAGCCAGCUUGCAACAUUUCAAUCACAUUUUCCGAUGGAAAAAUACGCAAGCAGGUCCCACUAAAGAAGGAAAAUGGUCACACAGUCAUGGUGCCCCUUUUCCAAAGUCAAGAAAACAUUGCUGGGAAGAUUUCUAUAGAACCAUUUCAAGGGAAGAAAGUUGAUCAUAAUGGUGUGAAAGUUGAGCUCCUUGGUCAGAUAGAGAUGUACUUUGAUAGGGGCAACUUCUAUGACUUUACUUCCCUUGUUCGUGAACUGGAUGUUCCUGGAGAAAUAUAUGAGAAGAAAACAUAUCCAUUUGAAUUUUCCACUGUUGAAAUGCCAUAUGAGACAUACAAUGGGGUGCAUGUGAGGCUUAGGUAUGUCUUGAAAGUCACAAUCAGUCGUGGUUAUGCUGGCAGUAUUAUAGAAUACCAGGAUUUUGUGGUUCGAAAUUAUUCCUCCCCACCAUCCAUUAACAAUAGCAUCAAGAUGGAAGUUGGAAUUGAAGAUUGCCUACACAUUGAGUUUGAGUAUAACAAAAGCAAGUAUCACCUGAAAGAUGUUAUAAUUGGCAAGAUAUAUUUUCUUCUUGUAAGAAUCAAGAUAAAAAAUAUGGACCUGGAGAUUAGGAGACGAGAAUCAACAGGAUCAGGUGCCAAUACCCAUGUUGAGACAGAGACACUUGCUAAAUUUGAGUUGAUGGAUGGUGCUCCUGUUAGAGGUGAAUCAAUUCCAAUCAGACUGUUCCUUAGCCCUUAUGAACUGACACCUACGCAUCGAAAUAUCAAUAACAAAUUCAGUGUGAAGUAUUAUUUGAAUCUUGUUCUAGUCGAUGAAGAGGACCGGCGGUACUUUAAACAGCAGGAAAUCACUAUAUAUAGGCUUCAGGAAACUUCUUCCUGAUUACUUAACUCACAGGUUUGGGAGCGAAGAGAAGACAAAUUGUCUCAUAGACACCUUGUAAAGCUUCUUUAGGUUUCAUUUUGUUACAGAAUCCCUUUUUCUUUUUUUUUUCCUAUGAAGGGUUAGAAUGGCUUGGUGGCACUCUUGCCUAGUGACAGCUUUGUUACGAACGAUAUUGUCACAAAUUAUGUAACAUGAGCCAUGCUGGGGAGGGCUCAUGUUGUAGCAAAACUCUCUGCUUUGUUUGAAACUAUAUAGCAUCCUCUGUGUUUUUACUUUUGUUGCUUCUUGUAUUGUAUUUUAUUUUAAGAGAAUGUUGUGUCCUUCGGAAUGCAAUGAUUACUAUUUCCUCC